AGCCCUGCAGCUCCUCUCUGGCUCAACAGGUUACUGCUGCUGCUGCUCUUAGUCACUGGAAUCUAGGUGGGGCUUUCUCCUCCCUUAGUGCCUUUCUGCUGAUUAAAAAGCAGCUCUCUCUCUCACACACACUCUCUCUCACAACACCUCCCCCUGCAGAAUCCAGAAAGAGCUCUCAGGCUUGUGCACUCAUUCUCUGCUGAAGGCCCUGACUGCUGCAUGAGAUGGCGACGUGUACCCUUGCCUGCUGGAGAUGCAGGUGGCUCCUGCCCCUUCUCCUGGGCUUAGCUAUCAUCUUGGGCAUCAUUGCGCUGUCCGGCCGGGGCUGGCUGGAAUCGGAGUCAGCGCCCUACGAGCACCAAGCGUCAUUAUGGGAGACCUGCACCCGAUGGGAAAAUGACCUCAACUGGCAAUGCCAGUCCCUCAUGGAUUACUCCUGGGGAAGAGCAGCAGCUGCCACCUACCUUGUCGGCUUCGUGAUCCUAGUCAUUUGUUUCGCCCUAGCAGUUAUUGCGUUCUCCGUUGAUAUACUUCGUUUCAACUUUGUGCGAGGAAUCGGUGGCUUGCUGUUUGUCGUUGCGGUAUUCCAGAUCAUAUGCCUGGUCAUCUAUCCAGUGAAGUUCACAGAAGACAUCCCUAUGAGGGGAUCUAAUAUGUUCAGCUGGGCAUACGGCUUUGGUUGGGCCAGCACUAUUAUUGUAAUAGGCUGUGCUUUCUUCUUCUGCUGUCUCCCCAACUGGGAGGAUGAGGUGCUGGGUAACAUCAAGCCAGCAUAUUAGUACUCUUCCCCAGAGAGGAGUUGAAAAGCACAUUGCAUAAAAUGAAAGAAUAAAUUAAAAUAUAAACACACUAAAAAUUACAGCACAGGAACUUUGAUAAUUGGAUGUUACAGGCUGAAAAAAAAAUCUUAUUUUUCCAGAAUGUUUUGAACUUGUGCCGAUGCUCAGUUAGCAGAAAGGCUUGGCAACCUGAAGCAAACAUUUGAGAAAUUUUAGGUGAAAGAUCAGAAAGUUUGUAUUUUCAUAUUCAUAUCCGAUAUGGAUUGAUUUUGGGUUAGUCAAUUUGUUGCCUCUCUCUACAUGCAAAAGUUCCUGAUAAUUAAGUCACUCUCUUCCACACAUUUGUUUAGACAUCCAUAUAUAAAAAGAAUUUAGUACUUAAAGUACAGAGGAAGAGAAACAGAAGUGCAUUCUGAUUUUAACCAGAAAUACUGCAGAGCUCUUUUAUUCCCUUCCUGGUAACUUUGUUUUUAUGUUUUAUUUGCAAAUUUGUCAGUAGUGAAAUAGAAUUUUAAAAAAAAUCUUUCAAAGAAUGUUUUUUUCUUCCAGCAUAAUUAAUCCUAAAAGAAGAAUUUUUGCUAUGCAAGUUCAUUGCAAUCCUAAGUCUCCUAAGAAUUUCUCCUCCCCUCCAUAUUAUUGGGCUGAUAUCUAAUACUAAGUAGUAGAAAUUGGAUCUAGAGAAAUUAGAAACCUAAAAUAUUUUUCCACUGACCAUUGCAGUUAGAUGGCAAGUUCCUCAAAAGCAUAAAGUGAAUGUCUGUGUGUACAAUAUUAAUGCUGUGCGCUGGUAUAACAUUUAUUGGCAUUCGUUUGUGAAGACUGCAGUACUCAUAUGUGAUGAAACCAUGAGUGAAUAACACUAAUCAUUCCAAGAGUACCAAUAAAACCUUCAAACCAUCAAA